CGGCUUCUAUCUCCGGAGCUCGCACUUGCUACCCUAGCGCGGCGGUGGCGCGACGUGGCGGCGGCGGCGGCCGGUGCUGCUCCGUCGUCAGGAGCUCGCUGGCGACCUCGUCGCCGGCGACGUGCAAGCCGUCAGGGAUGAUGCGGAUUGGCAGGCAGUGGACGGAGCUCCAGGGUGCUCGUGAUUGGGACGGCCUGCUUAACCCGCUCGACGGCGCGCUCCGGGGCGAGCUCGUCCGCUACGGCGAGUUCGUCCGCGCCGCGUACGCCAGCUUCGACUUCGACGGCGGCGCGCCGUCGUCGUAUGGGUCGUGCCGGUUUCCGACCAGCUCCCUGCUGCGCCGCUCCGGGCUCCCUGAGACUGGCUACCGGGUCACCGGGAUCCUCCACGCCGCGUCGACGUCGGCGCCGGGCUGGCUGUCGUGCAGGUCCAGCUACAUUGGGUACGUCGCGGUGUGCGACGACGAGGACGAGAUCGAGCGGCUGGGUCGCCGCGACGUCGUCAUUGCGUUCCGCGGCACGGCGACGUGCGGCGAGUGGGUGGACAACUUCAAGUCCACUCUCACCCACCUGCCGCCGCGAUCCGGCGACGGCGAGGCGGCGCCGCCGAUGGUGGAGAGUGGAUUCUGGAGGCUCUUCACCACCCCGGGCGAAGCGCACGGCAGCCUGCAGCAACAAGUGCGCGGCGAGGUGCAGCGGAUCGUCAGCGAGUACGGCGGCGAGGGCAUGCCGCCGUUGAGCAUCACGGUCACCGGACACAGCCUCGGCGCCGCGCUCGCGGUGCUCACCGCCUACGACAUCACGACAAACUCCCCCAUGCAACGCCACGGCGGCGGCGACGACGACGACGGCGAGGCGCCGAUGGUGACCGCCGUGUCGUUCGGCGGGCCGCGCGUGGGCAACGCGGCGUUCCGGCGAAGGCUGGAGGAGAGCGGCGGCAAGGUGCUCCGCGUGGUGAACUCGAACGACGUCGUGACCAAGGUGCCGGGGUUCCCCGUCGACGGCGACGACUGCGGCGGCGGCGCUCGGGAGGGCGACGCGCCGGCGAGGAGGAAACCGAGGUUGCCGAGGUGGCUGGUGUCCAAGAUGGGGUGGGAGUACAGCGACGUCGGCCGCGAGCUGCGCCUUUGCAGCCAGGGCGACACGGCGCGCAACGUGGUUGCAUCGCAUGACCUUGAUUUGUAUCUCAAGCUCGUGGCAGCCUGCACAUAUUAGUUAGGACCUGUGUCUACGCUAACACAGUAAUUAACACAGUAAUUAGCACAGCUUAGUUAGGACCUGUAGCCAAUGCAUUAACACGUUAGGAGUAAUUAACGCACGCACCUCAGUU